AUGUGGUCGAUUCUGAGCGUGGCUGCUGCGCUCGUGUACGCAGCUGCUGUUUCGGCGGUCAGCACGGCGGGCAAUCGCCUGCUGGUCGUGCUGGACGACGUUGCUGAGAAGGACUUGUACAGCCAGUUUCUUGGCGAUCUUACAGGUCGCGGCUAUGAUGUGUCGUAUGAGACGCCGCGGAGUGAGGGCCUGUCGCUCUUCCACCUUGGAGAGAGGAAAUACGACCACCUGUUGUUUCUGCCGUCCAAGGUCAAGGGCCUGGGGCCAAACCUGACUCCCAAUCAUCUUGUCAACUUCGUCAACGCCGACGGAAACAUCCUCGUUGCGCAGACGUCCACCGUACCUUCGUCCACCUCCAUUGUCGGCUUCCUCUCGGAGCUUGACAUUUCGCUCCCCGUUGAGCGCACAGGCACCGUCAUCGACCACUUCAACUACGACACUCAUUCCGCUACCGAAUCCCACGACGUCCUCGUUCUCGAAGCGCCCACCAAUGUCCGCCCCGGUUUGAAGUCGUACUUUGAGAUUGAUGGCGGCGUUUUGGCUUUCCCCCACGCUGUUGGCCAUGUUCUCGGCUCUGGCCCUCUUCUUACCCCGGUCGUCCGCGCCCCCGCCACUGCAUACAGCUACAACCCCAAGGAGCAGGCAGAGGUUCUUGAUGCCGAUGAUCUGUUCGCUGCCGGCCAGCAACUAUCUCUUCUGUCAGUCUUCCAGGCGCGCAACUCUGCUCGCGUGACGGUUCUGGGAUCCGCCGAGAUGCUGCAGAACAAGUGGUUUGAAGCCGUAGUUGGCAAGCCCGGCGGAAUGAGUUUCAGGACCGAUAACCAGAACUUUGCUCAGAGAGUGUCGGGCUGGACGUUCCAGGAGACUGGUGUUGUGCGAGUCAACAGCAUUGAGCACAAGCUGCAGGGCUCAGAUGAGCUUAACCCCAGCAUCUACCGUAUUAAGAAUGAUGUGUCUUACAACAUCUCCCUGUCCGAGUGGAGCUGGGAUAAAUGGGUUCCCUUUACUGUUCCUCAGGGUGACGUUCUCCAGCUCGAAUUCUCCAUGCUUUCGCCCUUCCAUCGCCUGAACUUGGCUCGCACCCGUACCACUGACGAUGCUGCCGUGUAUGGCGUCUCCUUCACGCUUCCUGACCAGCAUGGCAUUUUCAACUUCAAGGUCAACUACAAGCGCUCUUUCCUCACCAACAUCGAGGAGAAGAACACCGUCAGCGUUCGUCACUUUGCGCACGAUGAGUGGCCUCGCAGCUUUGUCAUUUCAGGCGCCUGGCCAUGGAUCUCUGGCAUUGGCGCGACAGUAUCUGGCUUUGUUGGAUUCUGCGCGAUAUGGAUGUACAGCAAGCCUGUUGGCAAGAAGAACUGA